GAAGCCCCCUUUCCGCGUCCCUCCUCGUCGUGUUUCUCCCUCCUCAGCCACCGAGCAACAUGGAAAGCGCGGCGGUGGGAGCCGAGUUCAACAUUCUCCUGGCGACCGACUCCUACAAGGUGACACAUUAUAAACAAUAUCCACCCAAUACAAGCAAAGUUUAUUCCUACUUCGAAUGUCGUGAAAAGAAGACAGAGAACUCUAAAUUCAGGAAGGUGAAAUAUGAGGAAACGGUUUUUUACGGGUUGCAGUACAUUCUUCAUAAAUACUUAAAAGGCAAAGUGGUAACCAAAGAGAAAAUCCAGGAAGCCAAAGAGGUAUACAAGGAACACUUUCAGGAUGAUGUCUUCAACGAAACUGGGUGGAACUACAUCCUUGAGAAGUACGAAGGUUGUCUUCCCAUAGAAGUAAAGGCUGUUCCUGAGGGCAGUGUCGUUCCCAGGGGGAAUGUGCUCUUCACUGUUGAAAACACUGAUCCGGACUGUUACUGGCUCACAAACUGGAUUGAGACUAUUCUUGUUCAGUCAUGGUAUCCCAUCACAGUGGCCACAAACUCAAGAGAACAAAAGAAAAUCUUGGCAAAAUAUCUGCUAGAAACCUCAGGCAGUUUAGAAGGUUUGGAGUACAAACUACAUGAUUUCGGUUACAGAGGAGUCUCUUCCCAAGAGACUGCAGGAAUAGGAGCCUCUGCGCAUUUAGUGAACUUUAAAGGAACUGACACAGUAGCAGGAAUUUGUUUAAUUAAGAAGUACUAUGGAACGAAAGACCCUGUGCCAGGCUAUUCAGUACCAGCUGCAGAACACAGUACUAUAACAGCUUGGGGGAAAGACCACGAAAAAGAUGCUUUUGAACACAUUGUGACACAAUUUUCUUCAGUGCCUGUAUCUGUGGUCAGUGACAGUUACGACAUUUACAAUGCUUGCGAAAAGAUAUGGGGUGAAGAUUUAAGGCAUUUAAUUGAAUCAAGAAGUGCAGAAGCGCCAUUGAUUAUUAGGCCAGAUUCAGGAAAUCCUCUUGACACUGUGCUAAAGGUUUUGGAAAUUCUAGGAAGGAAGUUCCCUAUUACAGAAAAUGAAAAAGGCUAUAAAGUGUUGCCCCCUUACUUAAGAAUUAUUCAAGGAGAUGGUGUAGAUAUCAACACAUUACAAGAGAUGGUGGAAGGAAUGAAACAAAAUAAAUGGAGCAUUGAAAAUAUUUCAUUUGGGUCUGGUGGAGCUUUACUGCAGAAAAUAACUAGGGAUCUCUUGAAUUGUUCCUUCAAAUGCAGUUACGUGGUGACCAACGGCCUUGGGGUAAACGUGUUUAAAGAUCCUGUAGCUGAUCCCAACAAAAGGUCAAAGAAAGGCAGGUUGUCUUUACACAGGACUCCUGAUGGAGACUUCGUUACGCUAGAAGAAGGCAAGGGAGACCUUGAAGAAUAUGGGCAGGAUCUCCUUCAUACGGUGUUUAGGAAUGGAAUAGUAACGAAGUCCUACUCGUUUGAUGAAGUAAGAAAAAAUGCCCAGCUGGAGAUUAGUGAACUGACAGUGGCAUCUCACUAAAGUUUCAUUCCAUGUUUGUAUCUGUGUAACAAUUGUGUACUGCAUAGCUAAUGAUUUCUUGUACAGAUCUGUGUGUUUCUGUUUGCCACAUUAUAGCCAAAUUAUUUGUUGGUUUAUGGACA